GUAAUAUAAUUUACAACAUAAAAAUUUAAUUACAGCAAAAAGGUCAUAGAUUACUAUUUCUAAAUUUAAUUUUACAACUACGGAGUAAUCUUUAAUUUGAAAAUAAUAACAAUAAUAAUAAACUUUAAUCCCAAAAAAAGGGGGAAAAAUAAUGGAAGGGAAAAAAUAAUAACAAUAUUCACUACUUUUAGCACAUUCUCAAUUUCUCACAAAACACCUUUUUGCACUUCCACUGCUCAACUCUCCCUCUCUCUCUCCGCCCUCUGCUCAGCCUUUCCGUCACCGUCGUCCGCCGUGCGCCGUCUAUCCCAAGCAGCACGGCCGUGAUCUUGCCGUUGAGGUUCCAUGCUGUAAAACCAUGAAUGCAAAAACGAAAAAGAGAACUGUAGUUGAAAAUGGUGACACUGGGACUGGUGAGGACUUGGUCCUUGCUACAUUGAUAGGGAAUGGGGAGGAUUUGAGUCCUCUUGUUCGGCAUGCCUUUGAAACAGGCCGUCCCGAGCCACUUCUUCAGCAGCUAAGGCACGUGUCAAAGAAGAAGGAAGCAGAGAUAGAGGAGUUAUGUAGGCUUCACUAUGAGGAAUUCAUUAUUGCUGUUGAUGAGCUUCGUGGUGUGCUAGUUGAUGCAGAGGAGCUGAAAUCUGAACUCCAAACUGAUAAUUUUAAAUUGCAAGAGGUUGGGACUUCUCUGUUGUCUAAACUUGACGAGCUUCUAGAAUCGUAUUCGAUAAAGAAGAAUAUAAGUGAAGCUAUUAAGAUGUCCAAAAUGUGCUUUCAAUUGCUGAAGCUUUGUUCAAAGUGUAAUGCCCAUGUGUCUGAGGGGAAAUUUUAUCCUGCGUUGAAGACUAUUGAGCUGAUUGAGAAGGAUUACUUGAAGAAUAUUCCUGUCAGAAAGCUGAGAGUGGUAGUGGAACAUAAAAUUCCAGCCAUAAAGUCGCAUAUUGAGAAAAAAGUCUGCAGUGAAGUUAAUGAAUGGCUAGUUCAUAUCAGGAGCCUGGCCAAGGAUAUUGGACAGACAGCAAUAGCACAUACUUCAUCAGUGCGUCAGAAGGAUGAAGAAACAAAGGCUCGUCAGAGAGAAAUUGAAGAAAACAAUCGUUCACAACUACCAGAGGUUGCAUACAGUUUAGAUGUUGAAGAGGUAGAUGAGGAUCUGAGUUUGAAAAUUGAUCUUACUCCUAUUUACAGGGCAUAUCACAUUCAUAAAUGCCUAGCGAUUGGGGAACGGUUUCGGGAAUACUACUAUAAUAACCGGCUGGCGCAACUCAAUUCAGACUUGCAGAUAUUCUCAUCUCAGCCAUUUCUUGAAUCUCAUCAAACCUUUUUGGGCCAGGUAGCUGGCUAUUUUAUUGUGGAAGAUCGUGUUCUCAGGACGGCUGGAGGUUUAUUGGAAGAAAGUCAGGUUGAGACAAUGUGGGAAACUGCUGUUUCUAAGAUCACUUCUGUGGUUGGGGGCCAGUUUUCCAGGAUGAAUAAUACAGCACAUUUCCUUCUUAUCAAAGAUUAUAUGACCCUUUUUGGAACAACAUUGAGACAUCAUGGGUAUGAAGUAACUUCUCUUCUUGAGACUAUUAAUGGCACUAAAGAUAAGUAUAGCAAGCUUCUUAUGGAAGAGUGUCGCAGGCAGAUUUCUGAAAUAGUUGCUAAUGAUAGCUUUGAUCAAAUGUUGUUGAAAAAAGAAUCUGACUACCAGGCAAAUGUACUCUCUUUUCAACUGCAGACAUCAGACAUCAUGCCUGCCUUUCCUUAUGUUGCACCAUUCUCCUCCAUGGUACCAGAAGCUUGCCGUGUUGUCAGAUCAUUUAUAAAGGACUUUGUAGAUUACUUAUCUUCUGGUGGGGAUGUAAAUCUUUUUGAUGGUGUGAAGAAGUGCCUGGAUACGCUAUUGAUUGAUGUGCUUAAUGAAGUCAUAGUUGAUAAAAUUAAUGACACCUCCAUUGGUGUAUCAAAAGCCAUGCAGAUUGCUGCAAAUGUGUCUUUCCUCGAAAAAGCUUGUGAUUUUUUCGUGAAAAUUGCAUCAAAUCUUUGUGGAGUCCCCACACGGUCAAUAGACCAUCCUCAAGCUACUUUAACAGCUAAGGUGGUCCUUAAAACAUCAAGAGAUGCAGCGUAUAUUGCUCUGCUGAGUCUGGUUAACAUUCAGCUGGAUGAGUUUAUGUCACUCCCUGAAAAUAUCAAUUGGAUACCAGAUGAUGUACCUGAAAAUGGACAUGAAUACAUGAAUGAGGUGAUUAUUUAUCUUGACACUCUUCUGUCAACUGCCCAGCAAAUUCUACCAAUGGAUGCUUUAUACAAGGUUGGCAGUGGCGCUCUUGAGCAUAUAUCCAAUACUAUUACAGGAGCAUUUCUUAGUGAUAGUGUCAAAAGAUUCAAUGCUAAUGCAGUUGAGGCCAUUAACAAUGAUCUGGAGAUAUUAGAGAACUUUGCUGAUCAGCGGGUUGAGAGCACUGGUUUGAGUGAAGAUUACAAGGAUGGUAAUUUUAGAUAUUACCUGAUAGAAGCUCGUCAAUUAAUAAACCUUCUAAGGAGUAAUACAGCGGAAAACUUCAUGAACCCUGUCAUCAGGCAGAAGAAUUACCAUACUUUGGAAAUUAAGAAGAUUGCAGUUAUCUGUGACAAGUUCAAGGAUUCUGCGGAUAGUCUGUUUGGAAGUCUUUCAAAUCGAAAUGCAAAAACUAGCGCCCGGAAGAAAUCUAUGGAUAUUUUGAAAAGAAGAUUGCGGGACUUCAGUUAGACAGCUGGCAGCCUCUUAUUAUAUGAAGCAGAAAGAAGUUGUGAUUUUUCUUUGGUAACACAACUAGAUUUUUCUCUUUUGUAGCUCACUUAUAUAGGUACCCUUUUUACCUGUGGUAUUAUUUCUCUAUGUUCUCUUCAAUUUUGUUUCUCUUAACAUUUCAAUUGACUGAAUUUUCUUUAUAUUGGUGUUGAAAGAUUUUAGAGGAUCAUUGUAUUCCUAUUUCCUAUUAUUAAUAUACGAUAACGAUGAUCCAUUAGAGUGCAGAGCCAAGUGCUUUUUUUGGCAACAAUGAUGAAGGGACAAAAAAAAAAAAGAAUGAAAGAAAGAAAAAAAAAAAAAGUUAGAAAGAAGUAAAAAAAAGGAAUUAUAUGGAAAGCAUAUUGUGCCUUUUGUUGAGUUUGAAGAGCACACCACUAGGUGUUUUUUUUCUUUAUCUGGAUUACAUAUCAUGGAAAUUUUGGUUGUCUGUACCUGUUCAUUAAGCAUGAGAAACAUAUUUGAUCA